AUGUCGUUGGCCGAAGAGCUCGAACGAUUAUCUGGAGAGAAUAAGACAAAAAAGGAUAAAAAUGGAUGGAAAUUGUCAAACUCUGCACCGGAAAUUACACCACCACGAGCUCGUCUAGUCUCGAAGGACGGUCGAACAUUACUCAACAAUAUUCAGUUGCCUGAACGAUUUCGAGCGGCGUACAAAUGGCGAAAUUACAGGAAUUGGUUCCAUCUGAUCAUCGAAUGCAACUGGAGAACAAUCUGUGUCAUUUUCCUUUUUGGAUUUGUGAUAUCCUGGUCAAUAUUCGCUAUAAUUUAUUACGCUAUUUCUCGUCUAAAAACGUUAAAAAAAGAUGAAUCUUGCAUUGCUAAUGUCGACACUUUGAUAAGUGCAUUUUUAUUCAGUAUGGAAUCUCAACAUACAAUCGGAUACGGACUUCGUUACAUGACGGACCUUUGUCCGCCGGCCUAUUUGACAUUAUGCGUUCAAUGCGUGGUCGGAGUCUUCUUGCAAACAAUUUUAACUGGAAUUGUUAUUGCCAAAAUUUUGAGACCCAAGAAACGCAGACAAGAAAUGCGAUUCUCGAGAAUGGCUGUUGUUGGACCAUUAAAUGAAAAUGAUCGUCGUCCGACAUUGAUGAUUAGAUUGGCUGAUAUCCAAGAGAAACUAUUCCUUGCCGAGUCACAUGUUCGACUAUAUAUGGCGUGUAGUAGGAUUAACAGUCGCGGAGAUAGAGAACUUAUUGGAGUUAAAGACAUGAAUGUUGGAUACGAUAGCGGAUGGGAUCGUGUUCUUCUUUUAUGGCCAAUCAUCGUUCGCCAUGUGAUUGAUGAGGAGAGUCCACUGCACGGAAUGACUCGAGAAGCAAUUCUCAAAGCAGAUUUCGAAUUGAUUAUGACUGUUGAAGGAAUUGUUGAAGCAACUGGUAUGACCUUUCAAGCUCGCACUUCUUUCUUGCCUGACGAGAUACUUUGGGGAUACAAAUUUAAACCGAUGGUGUUGAUGAAUGAGAAGAUAUCAAAGUACGAAGUUCACUACGCCCUUUUUGAUCAAACUGAAAGAGUUUCUGAUUUUGAUUCGCAUAUCAUCGAAACUGAAGAAAUCGAAGAAGAUCAUCAUAAUCGUUCGGGAUUCCUUUAG